AUUUGAUCGUUAUGUCCAGAUUAUCGUUAUACCUCUCUGAUCGUGAAUUGCCGACUUGACUGUAUCUGUUGAGCAGGCCAGGACGAGCGGGUUGGGCAUGCCCUUUUCUCUUUGCAUAAAUAGACAGAGGUCAGACCUUUCUCCACGGUCAUAACUUGGUCUGCGGUACGGCAAGCUCCUUCUCACAUUCCCAAGAGUCAAGACUCAAGAGACAAUCCACAAGAGACAGCCAGCCCACCAUGUCUACGACUCUUCACAACAAGCCAAUUCCGGCUCUAGGACGUCUUUGGUCCAUGUUCGGCACCGGAUCAUGGCACCCAAGCACUUCAACCCCCAAGCUCAAGGCAGAUGAUGACGACGUAGAUUCCCGUUCCCCGGAAUCCCCCAUCCAAAAGCCCCUUCUCCCCGCUGAAAGCCUCAUGGGGAACGUAUCCGCCAUGAUCCGCAUCAUCUGGACCUUCACCAAGAACGACCUCUUUACCUUCUCCCUCCAAUGCGUCCUCUUCGGCCAAGCCCUCUCCCGGCUCCCGGGUAGCUGUCUCUUCCAGUUCAUGAGCCAGCUCCUUGUCAACCUCGACAACCAGCGUGAGCCCGCCUCGGUAAUUGAGGACAGCAUCAACAAGCCAUGGCGGCCCAUUCCCUCGGGCAUGAUCACGGCCGACCAAACCCGCCGCCUGCUCCUUUGCCUGGUCCCAGUAUACUUGGCCCUCGGCUAUGCCCUGGGCGUUUGGAACAUUGCAUUGCUCAUCGUCAUCGCCGUCUUUAUCUACAACGACCUCGGCGGCUCCGGUGAGCUUGUGGUGCGGGACAUCGUGCUGGGCAUCUCGUACAUUAUCUACCAGAUGGGGCCGCUGCGAAUCGCGCUCGGGUCGGGAGAGUACCGUGCGGACAUGGCGGGGGAUCUCGUCAGCCCGAGGGGAUACGCCUGGGCGGCCAUGAGCGGCUUGCUCGUCGUCACGACCGUGCCCAUUCAGGACAUCAAGGACCAGGAGGGCGACCGGCAGCGGGCAAACCGCAAGACGAUGCCGCUUAUUAUUGGCGACGCGGCAACGCGCUAUUACCUGGCUGUGACCAUUCCGUUUUGGGCGGUGGUGGGAACGCUGUUUUGGGGGACGCCGGUAUGGUAUGCGGUGCCUCUUGUGGCGUAUGGGUUAUACAUUUCGUGGCGGCUGCUGGUCAAGAGGAAUCUGGUGGAUGAUGAGGCGAGUUGGAGGAACUGGACUCGGUGGCAGCUGCUUGCGUAUGCGUUGCCUGCUGUGAGCGCACUGACAGAGUAAGCGGGGACAAUUAGGGAGAGGUGAUCGUAGAGACUAUUACAAGGUACUGUGGGAAAAUGACCAGGGAGGGACUUGCAUGUUACGGAUAGGGCAAGAGAUUGGAUCAUGACAUGAACGGAAUGAAUGGAAUGACUAGGAGGAAUGAAAGGGGAUCAGGACCAUAACGAUUAAAGAAGACGGAAGGGUCAAGAAAAGACAAACAAUGGAUUUAUGAAACCUUCAUGAAUGAAUAAAGUCACACAACAGUAUUUUCCCCUA